UUUCUCUCUCUGUCUCUCGCUCGAAACGUCGAGGCGAGUCAGGUCACGGAGUUAGCGCGCUCAGUCGCCAAGUCGUGCGUGGAAUGGACACAUGUCGGACGACGCUGAAGGAGGAACGCCCGACGAGCGGCUGCUGAGCUCGCAGCAGCAGACCUGCCAAUCAGUCCCGACCGGGGCUGCAAACGAGGGGCCAUGUUGCUCGUGCAUGGCCGAGCGCUUGACCGUGGCGAGGCAUCAGCAGCAGCAGCAGCAGCAGCAGCAGCAAGCGUAUAGCCAUUGCGAAGAUGAGCCGCCGCCGUACGCCUCGCUUGUAGACGCGACGUCGUCGCCAAGCUGGUCGUACGUGUUUCCCGUGCCGCCGUACGAAGACAGCGGCGUUGCGGCGAACGCCGAGGGCCGGCCGAUCGCAAGGCCGCUCGUCUCCAUUCCGCUGACGAGCUACGGCAUUUACAAGAUCGAGCCGCCGAGGUACACCUCCGUCGUAAGCCCGCUCGAGAGACACCCCAGGCUCGUUCCAGAGACUGUUACCUCUGUCAAAGCGUCCGGCGGUGCGGCUAGAAAAUAUGGCGCGAUAUUGAUAGCCGCGACGGUCAUCAUUUUCCUUAUGGUUCUGUCGCUGAUGGUGCGCUUCGUCACCGAGAAGAGCCUCUGGCGGGGAUGAAGUAACCCAUUGUUAACCGCCUUCCUUGUCGCGUGUGUGUGUCUUUUGCUCUCUGCUGUGAUUUAUCGCUAAAGUAUCUUCCUCGCGAGUGUGCACUUAUCCCGCGUAGCCAAUACUUUUAAUGUUAAGAAUAGUCGUUCUUUAUUGUGCGUGUGUAUGUGUAUAUAUAUAUGUAGGAAGGUUCUUUAUUUUUACUUUUUUGUAUCGAAACAUAGAUGAUAAUGGUAGGGGUUUCGCGCGAUAUAUUCUUUUAUCAAAGAAACAAUUUCGACAGUUAAAAUUGUACGUUGAACGAAAUGUUAAUAUACUCGAAUAUCGGAACAAAGUGCCUUAUAUAUCGUACUUCUUAGUACGUUUGUUUACUGCAAUUUUUUGGAUGAAUAAGUGAACGUCUUUCGAUAAAUUGAAUUCCUUGUGAGCAUAAACGUAAACAUAUCAAGUAGAUUUAAGUGCAUAAUUGUUACCAAACGUAAUAAAGUAUAUUUUUUUCU